UUCCCAAAGAAAAAACAAAUAGUCUCCGCUCCAUAGCAAAAGGAAGAAGAAGAAAGAGUUGAAAAGAAAAUGGAAGAAUGUAACAAAGAGAUAUCGAUGAUCCAAAAAUGGCUAAAUCAACACAAUGAACUCUACACUUCCGCUACCAGACACCCAUUUACUCUUAGCAUUCGCGAUGGCUCCGUUGACCUCUCUGCUUUCAAAAGAUGGCUGGGACAAGAUUAUAUAUUUGUUAGAGCCUUUGUUCCUUUCGUAGCAAGUUUACUGUUGAAAGCUUGGAAGGAGUCAGAUGAAGAUUCAGACAUAGAGGUCAUUUUAGGUGGUAUUGCUGCGCUGAACGAUGAGGUAUCAUGGUUCAAGAGCGAAGCAUCUAAAUGGAGUGUUUCGUUAUCCACUACUGUUCCUCAAAAGACUAACCUGGAAUAUUGCAGAUUUUUGGAAAGCCUAAUGAGUCCUGAAGUAGAUUAUACAGUUGCUGUUACAGCCUUUUGGGCAAUUGAAGCUGUGUAUCAAGAAAGUUAUGCUCAUUGUUUAUCAGAUGGUUCUAAAACCCCAGAAGAACUAAAAGAGACUUGUCAAAGAUGGGGCAAUGAUGGUUUUGGUCAGUAUUGUCAUACUCUUCAAAACAUAGCUAAUCGUCGUCUUGAGAAGUCAUCAGAAGAUAUCAUCUCAAAAGCUGAGGCAACAGUUAUACGCGUUCUGGAGUAUGAAGUUGAGUUUUGGAACAUGAGUCGCGGGGAAACCUAAUUAAAGUGUCUCUUACCCCCUCCUGCCAUUGCUCAUGCAGUGAUCACAUUUCAACUAGUUUGAGAUCCUCGCGACAUUUUUCUAUGCUUGACAUAUGAACUAGGAUGAUUUUUUGUAUUGUAUACAGAAACUUUGAGAUCAACUCGUGCACACCUUGACUAUUCAAAGUGGUGACUUUAAAUGUGAGGUCAAAGUGGAGAUUCACAGAAGAAAAACUGCAGUUUGAUAAUCUAGUUUGAAUAUAGUAUUAGAUGAUUGAGCAAAAAUAAAUCAAUUUCUCAAAGUAAAUGGAUAA